AUGAUGGAAAAAAAAAUAAAUGAAAGUAUAUGCUCAUCUGUUGGGAGUAGCAUAUUAUAUGAUAUGUUAUCAUGUGGGAAUGAAAAAAGUAAAAAGACAUUAAAUGAGAUAAACGAAUUAAAAGAAAAAAAUAAAAAAAUUAUGAAAAAUGAGAUAAAAGAAUAUGAAAUAGUUCAUCAUUUAAUAAAUGAAAGAAUAGAAACAAUGCCAAAUAUAUUAUAUAAUUUUAAUGAUUCUAUAAAAAACAUUUUAAAUUUUAGUCAGAAUAAAUCAUCACUUUCUAAUAUAUAUGAUAAUGAAAGUUGUAAAAAUAUAAAACACAAAAAUGAUUUCCUAGAAUGUUCUGAAUCAGAUAGAGCGUUAUUUCAUCUAAAUUAUAAUAAUAUUGAAAUGCAUGAUUUGAAUUCAAAAAAUAAUUCUAAAAAAUUAAUAAUAAAUAGUAGCUGUUUAUUAAGUGAUGAUAAUGAAUAUUGGGAAAGUAAAACUACCAGUUUGUUUACUGAAUCAGAAAUGAAACAAAAUAAAUACAAUGAUAUUGCUGAAAAAAUGAAGAAUAUAGGUUUUGAUAAUAUGUGCAACAUAAACAGUUCUAUUAUAAAUAUAUCAGAAUUAAACAAUAAAAUUGAAAAAGAUAAAUUAUCAUUUUCAUUUUAUAAUAAAUAUAAUAUAAAACCUGAGGCAUCAAAUAUAAGUUUCGAAAAUUUAAUUUCUUUAUCAAAAAAUGAUAGAAAUAGAUUACAGAAAUUUGAUAAAUUGAAGGAAAUAAAAAGCGAUAAUAUAAAGAAGGAUAUAAUAGAAAAAGAAAAAAUAAAUUUAUUAAAUUUGAAAAAACAAAAUGAGAAAUAUAUCAAUGAAAUAAUUAGUGAUAUAAAUAAUAUAAAUCAAUCUAGGUGUUCACUUUUUGAAAAUAUAAAUAAUGAUAAAAUUUCUAGUAAAAAAAAUAUACAAAAUUUAUUAUUAAAUGAUGUGAAAAAAGAUAAAAAUAAUUUGAAUAAAUAUAAUGAACAAAACAAAUUAUCUUUUUGUAGCGAACAUAAGCAUAAUAUAAUAGGACAUGAUAUAAGAAUAUAUUCACAGUAUUUUAGUAAAUGUAAAAGUGAACAAAAUGAAAAAGAUGAAAAAAGUAGACAAAAAAUAUCAAGAACGGUCAAUAUACCUAUUAAUGUAAUGAAACAGGGUAAAGAAACUGUAGUAGAAUUUAAUUUUAAUAACAUAUCAAAUAAUAAUUUAGAAAAUAUAAAUUAUACAAUAGUAGACAGAUGUUCGUAUAUCACACAAAAAUUGAACAAUCCCAAAAAGAUUGUUUUAAAGUUUUCAAAAUUAUACAUUGGAAAUGAUGAAAAUAACAUGGAAAACUUACAUGUUCUGAGUCAAAAAAUAAAAAAUUAUGAAAAAAUUUAUGCAUGUUUUUGCAUUCCAAUUGGAUAUGAAAAUGUGAGAAUUAGUAAAAAAGGAAAACGGUGUUUUAGUUUAACUUCUGACAUAUUCAAAGAAAAAUGUGAAAGUUGUGAAAAUGGAAAAAGACAAAUGGGGAAAAUGAAUCAAUCAAAUUGUGAACAAAUUAAAUAUAGACAUUUAACCGAAAUUGAUAAAAGUAAAAAAAAUAUAAAAAAAGGAAAUCGAAUUUAUCAUAGUUUUUAUGUUGAAAGUAAAAAGAUAAAUAAAGAUUGUAUAGAUUUUUUUUAUGAAAUAUAUUUUAGUGUUAAUAAAGAAAUUUUGAAAAAUAUCGAAUAUGGUUCCAUUUUGGUAUGUGGGGAAAAUAUUAGUAAUAUAAAAAAUAGCAAUAUAUAUGAAUCUAUAUUAAAUGAAAAAAAUAAAAAUGUAGAUUUAUUUGAAUAUCCUUUUUCUUUACCAAAUAACUGUGAAAUUCUAGGUUUUUCUAAAAUACCAGUGGCACAUAUUUCGAACGCAAAAAUUCGAAUUAAAGAAAUGAGCAUGAAUAAUUCAGAUUUAGAAAAUAUUUAUAAAAAAUGUGUUUUUUUAUUUUACACAUAUUUAAACAUGUUUGAAAUAAAAAAUAAUAUACAAAAUUGUUUAACCAAUUGUAUUUUUGAGAAAACUGAAAAUAAAGAUGCAUGCGUCGAAGAUACAAAUAAAGAAUGUUUUAAAUCAGAUAAUGAUAAAAAUGUAAAUUAUAAUAAAUUAAAUAUUUCAAACAUAAAUAAUAAUUAUGAGAAAAAGGAUAAACAAUCAGGAAAUUGUAACAACAUUUUAUCAGAUUCAAUAACAGAAAAGGUGAAAAAAACAGAUAUUCAUACAAAUGUGAUUUUGCAAAAAUAUGAAAUAAAAGAAAAGGAAAAUGAUAGAAUAAUUGCAAAAGAUGAAAUAAAUAUGGAAAUCUUAAAUAAUAUAGAAAAUGAAAUAGUUAAUAAAGAUAAUCUAAAGGAAAAUAUUAAUAAUAAUAAAAAAGAAGAUGAAGAAAUAUUAUAUAUAUAUAUCGAUAAAAUUGUAAAUUUGUCUAAUUUCUCAUUUGGUAAUCUUUCUAUUUGUAUUCGUUUAUAUAAAGAUGAAAAAUAUUUUUAUAAAAAUUUUAGUAUAGAUACUGAAAAAAAAAUGUGUAUAUUAUUAUUUUCAAAAAGAAAACUUAUAAAUAUUUCUGAGAUUAUUUUUGAAAUAUGGAAUAAUUUAUCAAAGAAAGAAAAAAACAUAUUAGAACCCGAGGAAAUAGGAGAGUGUUUAGGAAUCAUAAAAACAGAUGUUAAAGAUUUAAAGAAUAAUAAAAAUAUAACAUAUAUCGAAAAAAAUCUUGAUCUUAGUUACAUAUUUUAUAAUGAUAAUAUAAAUUUUAUGUUUAGAAUAAUGAUAGUUAAGGAAUUAAAAAAUAUGUAUGAAAAUGUUAUGAAUUUUUGUAUAAAUUAUUUUGAAAAUAAUUAUACAAAUGUAGAUAAUGAUAAAACGAAUUGUUUAACUCCGUUAAAACUCAAAGAUUAUUCAUUUUGUUUGAAUAAACAUUCAGAAAAUUUGAAAAAAACAAAUGAUGUAAAUAAUUUUGAUAUUUAUGAAAUAAACAGAGAAAUUCUUAGAAGGGAUAUACAUGGAAAUGAAAUAAUUGAUAGUAUUUUAAAAAAAAAUAAAACUUUUGAAAAUAAUUCAAAAUUAGAAAAUAAAAAAAAAGAGAGUGAAUCUAUUUAUCCUUUGAAAAAUAAUGAAAAAAUAGAUGAUAAUAAAGAUAUAGAUUAUUUUUCUAAUUUAAAAAAUGAUGAAAAAAAUUUAAACAAUGAUAAAAUGGUAAUUGAUAAUGAUGAAAAUGGAAAAAAUAUAUAUAUAAAUAAAAUAUGUCUUAAAAAUGAACUUUUUCUUUUUGGAAUGAACGAAAAAAUUGUUAAUAUGAUAAUCGACGAUAUAGAAAAUAAUAAUUAUUUUAUUAAUGAAAAUAAUUCAAAAUAUAUUUUAAAAAAUAAUUUUGAAGAAUAUAUAUAUAAAAUACAUAAUAAAUGGGAAAAGCUAUCAAAUAAAUUAUUUUUAAAAAAUAAUAAAAAUAUGAUGUUAAAUGAUGUGUGUGAAUAUUUAGACAGUUUAUAUAUUGAUGAUGAUAAUUAUUUGUCUAAAAAAGAUUUUUUUUUAUUUUUUCAACAAGUUGGUAUAAUUUUUGUAGACACAUUAAUAUUUGAUGAAUUGUGUUUAUUAUUUUUUGAUAAAAAAAAAGGGAAAAUCGAAUUUUCUCUUUUUUCUUUAUUAAUUAUAAAAAAGGGAAUAAUUGAAACAAAAAAUUUAUUAUAUGGUUAUAAUAUAUUAGUUAGAUUUUUUGAUUUUUUAAAAGUUAAUAAUAUAACUAUAGAAUAUUUAGAAAAUGAAAUAUUUAAAAUAAUGUUACAAAAUAAUUAUUAUUCUGAGCGAAUAAGAAAAUAUAUGUCAACAAUAAUUAUGACAAUACCACCUAAUAUUCAAAAUAAAAGACCAAACGAAAAAUUAUCAAUAUUUUUAAAAGAUAAAGAUAAUAUAUGUUCAUGUACAUCUUUACUUUUUUUACAUUCUAUACAAUUUAUUUUAAAUAAAUAUAAUAAUCAAAAUUUUUCAUCGUUUGAAUUAUUUUUUCUUGUUAAAUAUAUUAUGCAUAGUCAAUAUAAAUAUAUAUUACCGGAUAUGCAUGUAUUUAUAAAUGAAAUAAAAGGUAUUGAAAAAGUAAAUAUAACAUUUUUCCUUUGUCUAUAUUAUAUAUAUACAUAUCAAAGUAGAGAUGUAGAACCUGAAUCUAUAAGCGAGUUUGACAAAUGUGGUCAUAAUAAUUAUCAUAAUGGAAAUGAUAAUUGUAUAUCUGAUUCAGAAAUAAAGAAACAGUUUGAUUUUUGGAAAGAAGAACAAGUUUUAUUUACUGACAAGGACAAUACUCUAAAUGUUUCUUAUGGAAAUGAAAAUGAAAAUGAAAAUAAUCAUAUAAAUAACCAUAUAAACAAUUUAGGAAAUGAUAAAGCAGAAAAUAUAAGCGAUAAUCCAGUUUUGACUUUAUCUAUGUUAGAAAGUAAACAAAACGAUUAUAAAAUAAUUGGAGAAUAUUCUUCUAUUAUAAAUAACAAUGAUUUAUAUUGCAAACUGAUUGAUAAUUCAUCAAAAAACGAGUUGAAAAAUAAAAAAGAAAAAGAUUCUGAACAGAUGUACAGAAUACAUAACAUUGGAUUUGUAAACCCUGAACUAGAAUUCUCACAAAAUAAAAGCAAUAAUAAUGAAUACAAACAUAAUAAUCUAAAAUAUAAAAACGAUUAUGAAACUAAAGAUAUAGAUUUAACUCAAAAAUGGAAAGAUGAUGAUGAAGAAUCAAAUAUAAUGCAAGUUUAUAAAGGGGAAUUUGUUAGAAAUACAAAAAAUAAAAUUUCCAAAAAAAAAAUUGAAAAAAUAUAUGAAAAAAUAACCAAUAGAAAAGAUAUAAAAAAUGGAAUAACAAAUUGUUUGAUAAUUUUAUAUAGUAGAAUAGUCAGUGAAAUUGUUAAUGUUGAAUAUGUGGCAAAAUGUUUGCAAAAUUAUUAUGAACAAAGCAAUAGGGAUGAAAUAAAAAAAAAAUUUGGCAUACUAUUUAUGUUGGAUCAGCUUGGAAUAUAUACUUCAAUAGACAUUGGAAUAAAUUUAUUAAGAUGGUAUGAAAAAGAAAUUAAUAUAUUUGAAAAUAAAAACAUUUUUAAUUAUAAUAACAGAUUAAAAAAAAUAAAUAAAUCAAUUUCAAUAAAAAAUUAUAAUAUAAACAAACAUAUAAGCAUUAUAAAUAAAAUUAUAACUAAAUAUUGUGAAAAUCAAAAUAUAGUAGGAAAUAUAUUUUCAGGAUCAGUAUUAGAAAGUUUUUUUAAAAUUUUAAAAGAAAGAAAUCUAAAUAUCCAAAUUUUUUCAAAAAAUCCUAUUUUUUCAUAUACAGAUUUUUAUAAACAAAUAAAAAAGUUAAAUUUGGAUUUUUCCAAAAAUUAUAUACCUCUAUUAUUUUGCAAUUUAUUAUCCUAUGAUUUGUCUACAUUUUAUAGUAUAAAUAAUAAACUUAUAUUUUUUGAUUCUAUACAACAUAAUUGGAAUAGUUGGAAUAAAAUUCAUUUUGAAUUUUGUUAUGUUAUUGAUAAUAAUUUAUUUGAUAAAUUGGAUUGUGAUAAAAAAAAUAAUUUUGAUGGAAUUCUUCAAAAUGUGAAACACAAACGAAAAGAAUUAAAUAUGCAUUAUAAAGAAGAAGAAAAAUGUGAACAAAUAAAAGAUAUUUCACAUUAUGAUGUUAAUAAAAUUUCUAAUAAUAAUCAGAGCCCAAUAAAAGAUUGUUCUAUUUCUUUUUAUAAAAAUAAAAACAAACGAUCUAUAAGUGUUGUAAAAAAAUUUAUAAAAUAUGAUUAUUUUUUCCUUCCUUUAUAUAGUAUUUUCUUUUAUUUUUCUAAUAAUGAAUAUUUGUUUGGAGAAGAAUUAAUAAAAAUUUUUUUUUUGAAAAUUUUUCAAUUUGAGGUUAGGUACAUAAAUAUAAAUGAAUACAGAAAUAAAUAUUACACAUUUUAUGAUUUUCUUGAACUCUUAAAAGAAAAAAAUUUAUUAUCUAAUUAUCAUCAAAAUGACGAUAUUUUUUUUAGAAAAGAUUUUUUAAAACUUAUUAUUUUAGUGAAUCGUAUGUGCUUAAACAAAAAGAAAAAAUUUUCAAUAAAAAAUGUUAAGACAGAUUGUGAAUCAAAAGAAAAUGAUAUAAAUUUUGACGAAAUAAUACAAAAAAAUAUAAAUACAUUUUCUUCAAAUUUUAAAAAAAGUUUAAAUGCGAUAAAAAAAAAUAUAUAUAAAUUAAAAGCAGAUUUUCCUGAUGAUUCUACAUCUCUAUUUGAUGUAUACAAUGAAAUAUUUUAUACAUGCCGAGCAAUUAAAAUAAAUACAAAUUAUAAAAAUGAAGAUAGUGAUUCUAGUAUUAUUUUAACGAAUAAUAAAGAAGAUAUAUUAGAAAAUAGAAAUAAAUUACUGUUAAGUUAUUUUAUAAAAAGUAAAUACAUAAUUAAAUAUAUUAGGGAAUAUUUUUAUUUAUUUGUUUUGUGUGAUAAAAUAAUGAGUCAUAAUAAAACAAAAAAUAAUAAUGUGCAUACAAAAGUGGAAAAUAAAAAUUUAAUCAAACUUUCUUUUAACAAUUCUGACUUUAUAAUUUAUCAAAAAAAGUUGAAAUUUUGUCAGUUAGAAAAAAUGAAAACCAAAAUGUAUCCAAAAACAAUGAAACAAAUAAAUAAAUUGUAUAAUAAAAAAAUGGAGGGUUAUAAAAAUUAUGAGAACCAUUAUAGCAAUAUAAAAAUAAUCGACUUUCCAUUUUUAUAUGAAGAAGUUUUUAUAUGUCAUAAAGAAAAACAAUUUGAAAAAGAAGAAUAUGCAUAUAUGGUAUAUCCAUAUAUAUUACUAUUUUGUGAUUUUUUAAAAAGAAUUAUAAGUAUAUAUAAAAAAAAAAAUGUGUAUUCAAAUUAUAUACGUAAGUUAUUCCAUUUUAAUAAUUACGAAAAGCCAAAUAAAAAAUUUUAUUUUAUGCAUAAUGUCGAAAAUAUUAUGACCAGAUCAGGUAGUUUCGAUUUAAAAGAAUGGAAUAAAAUUUAUACUAUAUUUGAAAUGUUAGACAUAAAAAUUGAUGAUUUUUUUUUAAAUUUAUGCAAUAUAUUAGAACAAAACAAUUAUAUAAUCACACUUUUCAAUGAUAUAAUUAUAUUUAACUAUUCUGAAAGUACAUUAUUUGAUAUCGUAUCUUUUUGCACUAAUAAUAAAUCACAUCAUGUAAUAAAUUUGCAUGAAUGUGAUAAUGAGCUAGCCAUUGAGUUUGAAAAGAAUGAAAACAAAAUUCCGUUAAAAGAUCAAAAAAAAAAAAAAAUGGAUAUAUUUAUUAAAAAUACAAUGUAUUAUAUGUCUUUUAACAAAUUAAUAUUAAAUGAUUUAGAUGAAAAUGACCAAGAACAUAUGCAUAGACAUAUUAUCAAGAAUAAAAGUUAUGUAAAUUAUAUGGCGCACAUGUAUAUAAGAAUGCUGUUUAAUGAAUGCAUAUCAUCUGGGUUAAAUAUAAAUAAAUUAUUUCAAAAUAUAAAAACACGAAAUUCUUUUAUAAAUAUUUUAUCCAAACAUUUUAAUCGUAUAUUUUCAAAAUUUGAUAUAGAUAUAUUUACAAAAAAAUAUUCAUAUGUUUUUGAUAUGACUUCUAUCCAUUUAAGUUUGUAUAAUAACUUUAUUUUUUACAAAGAUUUCUUAAAAGACAUGUACAAGCAAGGUGAUUAUUACACUAGCUAUUUGAAAAAUAAAUUAUUAAAUUUUUUUCUAAAAAAUAAACAUAUAUUUUCUUUGAAAAGAUAUAAAGGAGUAGAAAUCAGAGAAGAAAAUGAGAUUUCUAACAAUGAUAAUAUUAUUAAAAUAAGGAAACAAGAAGCAGAUUAUUUAAUACCCAGUAUUGAUUUAAAAAAUAUAUUAGCAUGUCAUGGUGUAUUUUUAUCUUGGGCAGAAUUAUACGAUUUUUUUCAUCCUUUAAAUAAAUAUUGUGUUAUUCACGAAAAUGAAGAAAAGAAGAAAAAUAUAUUAAAUACAGAAAAUUAUAAAGAUAGUAUAGACAAUUUAAGAAAUGAUGAAAAUUUAAAUCCAUAUAUUUUAAAAGCGUAUAUAAAUUUUUCUAAUUUAUUAAUAAUUGCUGAAAAAAUAUGUAUACAAGAAAUAAAAAUAGAAAAUUAUUUUUCAUCAAAUUGUAAUAACCAAUUAAUAGACAUAUAUAGUGAUAAUGAAGAAGCAUUAUUAUAUGAUCAAAGUAUUUAUAUUGUAGAUAAAAAAAGGAAAAGUUUAGAAAAAAUAAAAGACAAUAUUUUCCAAGGCAAUGUGUUGGAUAAAGAUGGAUAUGUAAAUAUAAAAAACAAGGAGGAAAAAGGUCUAAAUAUUUCAAAUGAUGAAUUAAAUAUAAAAAAGGAAAAUAAAAAAAGGAAAAGCAUAGAAAUAAAAUAUGAUAAAAAAAAUGAAAUUCGGAAUAAAAUGGUAAUGUAUAAAAAAGAAAGUGUUUUAAAAAUCAAAAGAAAAUUCACAAAUCUAGAAUAUAAUAUUGGAAACUCAGAAAAUAAUGGUUAUUAUUAUAAUAUUAGUUUUAAUGUAUUAACAUUAGAAAGGGUAUUAUAUUUAUUAUUUAUAAAAGUUAGUAAUUUAUUAAUAAAAAAAAACUUAAAAUAUGAGCAGAUAUAUUUUGGUAUAAAGAAUGUAAAAGAAAAAGAUAUAAAAAAAAAAGAAAUGAAAAAUGCAUGUUCAUUAUUAUUAAAUUUGAAUGGUGAAGAAUUGGAAAAUAUGAUCCCUGAUGAUUUUAUAUUAUGGGAACAGGAUUUCAAAAAAGGUGUAUUUAUAAAUAUUCAUAUAUUGAAAGAAGAAUAUGAUAAUUUAUUUCUAAAAUGUGAUAAAAAAAAAAAAAGCAAAAAAAAAAACAAAUUAGAAAUUCACGUUGAUGAAUUUAUUUCCUUUUUUGAAAAAAAAAGCAUUAAUGUUAAAUUUUCAAAUUAUAAUUUUUUUUAUAAUUUUUCUUAUGAGUGGAUAAAUUUUAUGAACAUUAAAAAUGAAUAUGUAAAAGGAAUAGAUUGUGAUGAAUUAAUAAUGAAGUUUUCAACAUUUGAAAAAACAGAUAAAAUUUUUGAAAAUUUUCAAAAAAAUAAAUCAAAUAUUUUGCUCACUAAGUUAGACAACCCUUCUAUCAUUAGCAAAUUUGAUAAAAUACAUUCAAAAGAAAAAAUAAUUGAAUUAUUUGAAAAAAAUAUAAAAGAAAUAAAAUGGAAAAAAAUAUUAAUUCCUGUGUUUGAAGCAAACACAUUUUAUGUUCAUACAUUUCGAAUAAUACUUCGGGAAUUUACAGGAAUUCGAAAAUUUGCAAAAAAUAUUGAAUUAGAAUAUAACAAUUUGAUAAAUAAUAAGAAUGGAGAAGAAUAUAAAGAAAAUAUGAAUAAUAGCAUAGAUAAUGAUAAUUUUAAAUUGUCUUAUUUAUGUUGUUUUGGAAUGAAUGAAAUAGUUAUUGAUAAUUUAUUUAAUAAAAAUAAUUAUGAAAAAAGAAAUAAUGUUUUUUUUCUGAACUAUUUAUUUGAGCAUAAAUUUUCAACAAUUAACGAAAUGGAUAUAAUAAAUUUGUUCGAAAAAAAUAAAAAUAUAUUAAAAUUAAAAUUAUUAUAUAAAAAUAAAAUUAUAUCUGAAGCAACUUUACAUAUAUUAGAAUUAUUUUCUGUAAUUAAAAAUAAAAAAAAAAAUGAAAAUAAAACUUUAUGCUUUAUAUCUAAUAAUAGAAAUAACAAAGACAUUUUAUUUCUAGAUUUAGAUAUAUAUUAUGAAAUAAAAAUAGAAUCUUCUUCAAAAUCUGUAAAAUUUGACACAUUUCAUGGAAAAAUUAACAAAAAAUAUAAAAAUGAUAUAAUUGCUAUUGAAAAUGAAAAUAAUAAUAUAAUAAAUCCUCGAUUUUUAACAUUAAAAAAAAGUGAAAAACAGAUAACAAAUCAAGAAAUAAAAUUAAGUACAUGCAUAUUGAAGAAAGAAAACGAUUUAGUAAAUAUAGAAAAGACAAUAAAAAAAAAUUCAGAUAAAAAUAAAAAAAAUGACAUUUUUAAUUAUAGUUGGGAAUAUGUGUUAAUGAAAAAUGGGAAAUGUGUGUCAUCUUUAAGAAAUGUGAAUUUGAAAAAUAAUAAAAAUGAGGAAAACUAUCAAAAUGAAAAUAAUGUAGACGAUUCAAUAAAAUUAAAGAAAUAUGAAAAUAAUUCGAAGCAUCCAAAUUUUGUAAAUAUAUCUAUUACAGAUCUUAUUAUACCAAUUAAUUUUAUAAAAUUUGUAAAAAAUAAAUUUUAUGAAAGUAAAGAAAAAGAAAAGGGAAAAAAUGAAGAUGUAUUUAUUUCUAUAUAUGUACAAAUAUAUAAAAAAAAUGAAAAUGAAGAAUAUAAACUUGUAUCUUUGUCGGCUCCAAGUAUUAUAAAUAAUUCUACAUGUUUGAAAAAUAAAAAAUUAAUAAAUUUAGAAAAUGAAAAUGAAAAUAAAAACAAAAAUAACAUAUUAGAUAAAACUAGUUGUUCUGAAAAAGAUUCUCAAAAGACAGAAAAAUGUUUACCGUUUAGUAAAGAAAUAAAGAGUAUCAAAAAAAAAGGAAAAAAAUUUAAAAUAAAUAUAAUGAAUGAAUAUUUAAAUAUAUGUAAUAUACAAAUUAAACAUAAUGAAAUAAUUGAAAUAUUUAAUUUAUAUAUUGAAGGUAAAAUUGUAAUCAGAGCUUUAAUUUCUUAUAAUUAUUAUUCUGAGGAUAUAAUAUUAGGUGAACAUUAUUUUAAAAUAAAAAAUAUAAUACAUGAAAAUAAAGAUAUUUAUUACUGUGCUGAACGUUUAUUUUAUCCAAUUUUUGAAUCGAAUUUUAUAUCUAAUUUGAAUGAAAAUGAUAAAGAAAUUAGUAUAUUACAUAAAAAUGUAAUAGACAAUGAUUUUAUCAAUAAUCAAGAUGUUUGCACUUGUAUAAAUCAAAAUAAAUGUAAGGAAAAUAAAGAUUUGAAAAUAUGUGAAUCAUGUUCAAAAAAUAUUAUGGGAUAUAUUUCAUAUCAAUAUGAAAUGAGAAAAGAUAAUACAUUUAAAGAAAGAAAAAAAAGAACGAAAUUGGCGAUUCCAAAUUUUGUGAAAAUGUAUUUUACAAAUGGAAAUGAUGAAAAUAAUUAUAUUGAUGAAAUACAUGAUGAUAUUUUUAUGAACACAAUUUACGAACGAAUGUUUAGAGAUGUAAUAAAAAAUGUAAAAUAUAAAAAAUUUGUGAAUUUAGAAAUAUUUAUAAAUUCUUUGGAAAAAUGUAGAUAUAGUAAUUAUAUAGAAUAUUUUAAACAAUAUUUUUCUAAUUUUAUUAAUUAUAAUAAUUCAUUAUAUUUUUCUUUAAAAAGUGUAUUACUAAUAUUAGCAAUUAAAGAGUUGUCUUGUAAUUUUUUUAAUUUUUUACAAUUUUUUUCUCACGAAAUAAAUAAAUAUGUUUUUAAUGUUAGCGAAAUUGGAAUAGUUCAAUCUGCUUAUUUUAUAAAUUGUGUUUUAAAAUCUCAAAAUCAAGUUACAAAAAUUAAGGAAUAUGAAAAUAAAAUAAGCAAAAAACAAGAAAAAAAUGAAAAUUUGUGUGCAAAUAAAUAUGAUAACAUAAUUGGAGAAUCGUUUUCUUCAGAUAUUUAUGUAAGUAGUGAUUUGAGUUCUUCUUCAUUUGUGGAAAUAAAUCAAGAAAAAAAAGAAUUAAAUGAAAAUAAUUUGACGAAAUAUAAAAAAGAAAUUGAAAUAAAAAAGAAAAAAGAAAAAAUUGGAUUAAAUGAAAAUAAUUGGUGUAUAAUACAUAAUUGGAAAAAAUGGCUAGUUCAAUAUGAAAAAAAAAAAAAAAAAUUUUUUUUUCUUUAUCUUUUUUUAAAUGAUAUUAUUUCAUUUUAUGAAGAAAACAAAAAUGAAAAAAAAAAAAAACAAAGACAUUUCUUUUCUUUGAUGUAUGACAAUUGUAUUAAUGUUAUUAAAAAAUCUCCUAUUUUCAAAAAAGAUGAUACAUCAAAGUUGGUUAGUCAAAAUAUAAUAAAUAAUAAAAAAGACGAUGUGAAAACAAAAAAUGAAAAUAUUCUAAACACAAGUGGGAAUAAUACUGUAAUGGAAGCACUGUUUAAUGAAAUAAAGAUAAAAGAUGAAAUGCAAACAAGAAAUAUAAGCAAAGAUGAUGUGAAUGUGAAGAAUAUAAAUAAGUUUCCUUACUUUGUUAACAUUCAAAAUGAAAAUAAAAUUGAAACAGAUAUAAAAAUGAAUGCGAAUAUUAAAGCCAGAAACGACAUGAAUAAAUUAUUUUGUGAAAAUAAAACAUCUUUAUAUAAAUAUAAUAAUAUAAAAAAUUAUGAUCGAAAUAAAUGGGAUGUUUUUAGAGAGCAGAUUAAUAACAAAAGUUUAGCGAAAUACGAAACAAAAUGUAAACUUGUGAAAAAUGUGAGUAAUUACAUUAAUAAUGAUGAUAAUGAGGUUGGUAAAAAUUUCGAUAUUUUAAAAUGUGCGAAUUCAGAUAGUAAGUAUAAAAUAUACCUAAAAAUAAAACGAAUUAAACAUUCAUUUCCUCUUAUAAAUAACAAAAAGAUAAAUAUAUUUUUAUCAUUCCAAAUCGUUUUAAAUAAUUACAAAUUGUUGAAAAAGAAUGGUGUGUUCCCAUAUUUCUUAAAUAAUGAAGAAAAUAAUUAUAUAAUAAAUAAAAUUCAAGAAAAAAGUUCUAUUUUUUUUUGUGACAAUUAUUUCGCUUUUAAAUGUUCUUCAAUAUUAUUAUUGCCAAGUAUUAAUGAACUCAGAUCUAUAUUUACAAAAAAUAAUGAUGAAGCUUAUCUUUAUGAUUUAAAAUUUUAUUUAAAAAAUUUUUCUAUACAAAUAUGUUUUUACAAAGCCGAUGAAAAUGCAUCUAAUAUUUUAAAUUCCGAUUUUUCUGAUAAUAACCAUUCAAUUCAAAACAAUAUUUAUAAUGCAAGCAAGUAUUUAAAAAAUAAACAAAACAAAAUAGACUUAAUUAAUAAUCAAAUAAAUCAGUUAGGAAAAUACAAGAAUGUUUUAGAAACUACAUAUGGGCAAGCUGCUUCAAAUAAGGAACUAUUAAUAGCCAAAUCUGUCAUUCCAUUAUCUAUUCUUUUAAAAAAAAAAAAAACAAAAGUUCAUGUUCCUUUAAUUUUUUCACCAUUUGUUACACCACAUGUUAAUAAAAAUGAAAUUGAAGUUAUAUUAAAAUAUGAAACAAGAAAUGAAAAAAAAUAUGAUGAAAAAGAAUAUUUAUGUUAUUUUAAUAGUACAGACAAUUAUUCAAGAAAAUAUCACAACUUAUCUAACUCGUUAAAUACAAUUCAAGAAAUGGAUAGCAAUCAUUUUUGUGAUAUUCCUUAUAUGCACAAACUUAAAAAAACAAAAGUCAACUUAACUAAAGAUAGAAAGUUUGCUAUUUCUAAAAAUUACAUAUAUGAUGAAGGUUCUAAUAUAUCACUUAUGUUUGUUCCAAAAGUUCCACCUCCAAUAUCUUAA